GGUGAUUAGACGUAUGAAAUCACAUCUAUUUAAAAUAGUGUCAUAGAGGUGAUUAGAGGGUUGUUGAUCCGAAGUGGCUCUCCAGUUGUGUGGGAAACGGGAACGGUAUCUCAAACUUGGAUACAUAACUCCGUAAUGAAACCGGACACUCUUAAAGUUAUACAGUUUGUGAACAUAAAAUUCCAAAAGAUGUGAAAGACGGUGAAAUCUUUGCAUGUGCAGUGCUUUGGAUCUUGAACAUUCUGUUCAUCUUCUUUUUUUUCUAUAACUUUAGUUUUACAAAGCAUACACUCACAUAGAGUUUUUUUUUUGUUUGGUAAAAACAGUCACAUAGUGCCUUUUACACACACGUAGAGUUGUCGACGACUAAUAGUAUAUAAAACUUGGAAUCAUAAAAAUGUUGGGAUGAUCAUGACAGACAUUGAAUCUGCACAAUCUUCCUUAGAAAAUACAAACAUGAUUUUUUGAGCAAACCCAAAUCAAUCCUCACAUUUUUCUCGUUUCACAACAACUCGGGAAUUGCUUAGUUUUACUUUUAUCACACUAUGAAAUACGUAGCAAUUGUAUAAACCACAAAUAAUAACAUUAAUAAUAAUCACCUUUCAUUAGUACAUAACCUUAACCUUUCUUCACAUACUCUGAUCACCAUUUUUCCACACUCAAUUAGUUUUCCAAGAUGGAGAACAAGCGAUCAUACUACGCCAUAUUGAUUCCAACUCUCUGGACCGUAUGGCUAGCAUGCGUAGGGCAAUCUUGUGCUCGUCACCCUAAGGUAAAACCUCCCAUGCCCGGACCACCACGGUGUCCCAACUGCGGACCCAUGGUUGUACCUUACCCGCUUAGCACGGGUCCAAACUGUGGUGACCAAGCCUACAAGAUAAAUUGUGUUGGGGGUAAGCUCUAUUUCGGUGCUCUUCAUGGGUCAUCUUAUCUCAUCACGUCUAUCAACCCGGUGACACAACGGAUAGUCAUACACCCGCCUGGUUUUGCUAGCUCUGGGUCUUGUCUCUCGGCCGAUGUCUCUAAAGCUGGUCUAGAGCUCGACCCACAUCUUCCUUUUAGCAUCACUAAUAGCAACACUAUCUUGCUGCUUGGUUGCCCUGAAGCUAUGCUGCAGGCGCCAAUAGAUUGUACCGGGACCAGCUUAUGCCACAGCUACAUCAAGAGCAACGUAUCAGCUUGUUCCAAGGCUCCCUUUUGUUGCACCUUCAGAACCGACGGGUCUCAAAACGCUUACACGAUCAGGAUCAACGGUGGAGGAUGUCUCGCGUACCAAAGCUUUGUGGGGUUGAAUCCAAACAAAGAGGUUCCACCUCCUGGUAAAAAAUGGCCCGACCCGGGGUUAGAGUUGCAAUGGACACUGCCUAAGGAACCGGUCUGCAAAACGGAUGUAGAUUGUAGCCUCUUGUUGGGUACUAAAUCAAAGUGCUUGCCUGACACUACGAGUCUCGGCCUGAAACGAUGCUUCUGCAAAAAGGGUUUGGAAUGGGAUCCGGUCAGCUCAACAUGUGGUAAAUGUCGCCAUGGGAAACUAUGCAAGAAAAAGAAGAAGAGCACCGUUGUUUUCGCAGGUGCGGCGGUUGCGGUUGUGGUGUUUACACUGGCGAUUGCGGUAGCGGUUCUUGCAAACAAACAUAGCCACAAAAGAGUUAAAAAAGAGAUCCAUAAGAACAUAGUGAAGGAGCGACAAGAGAUGCUCAGCGCAAAGUCCACAGGAAAAUCAUCAAGAAUCUUCACAGGCAGAGAAAUCACAAAAGCAACCAACAACUUCUCAAAGGACAAUCUCAUAGGCACCGGAGGUUUCGGCGAAGUGUUUAAAGCUGUUCUUGACGACGGAACCAUAACAGCCAUCAAACGAGCAAAGCUUAACAACACCAAAGGCACUGAUCAAAUCCUAAACGAGGUUCGGAUUCUCUGCCAAGUCAAUCACAGAAGCUUAGUCAGGCUCCUUGGUUGCUGCGUCGACCUCGAGCUGCCUCUCUUGAUCUACGAGUUCAUUCCCAACGGAACUCUAUUCGAACAUCUCCAUGGCAGUUCAGACUGCAGCUGGAAACCCCUGUCUUGGCGACGAAGACUGCAGAUCGCGUAUCAAACCGCUGAAGGCUUAGCUUAUCUUCAUUCCUCAGCAAUGCCACCCAUCUACCACCGCGAUGUGAAGUCAAGCAACAUCUUGCUCGACGACAAGCUAAACGCCAAGGUUUCAGACUUUGGCCUCUCGAGGCUGGUGGAUUUGACAGAAACAGCUAACAACGAGAGCCAUAUCUUCACUGGCGCUCAAGGUACACUAGGCUAUGUCGAUCCGGAGUACUACAGGAACUUCCAGCUAACUGAUAAGAGCGAUGUGUACAGCUUCGGGGUCGUGCUUCUGGAGAUGGUUACAUCGAAGAAGGCGAUAGAUUUCAGUAGACAAGAGGAAGAUGUGAACCUGGUGAUGUAUAUGAACAAGAUGAUGGAUGAAGAGAGGUUGAUCGAAUGCAUUGAUCCGGUGCUGAAGAAGACGGCUAACAAGGUUGACCUGCAGACGAUGCAACAGCUCGGGAAUUUAGCAUCCGCGUGCCUUAACGAGAGGAGACAGAACCGGCCAUCGAUGAAAGAGGUGGCUGAUGAGAUCGAGUACAUCAUCAAUGUUCUGUCGCAAGAGGUUACUGAGACACAGUUGUCUUAGGCAUUUA